UUAAUCAUGCUUCCCACCAGACAAUUGGAGCCCAGAGAAAAAAGAGUGAACGAUUUGUUAAAAUGUCACCAUCUAUUUUCACCAAACCAAACUGAUCACAUUUGGACACAGAAAAUUGGGUGGUGCAUAAUUCAGUAGUUAUUUGUUAGCAUGUCAGCACCACCUCUUUCUUUCUUUCUUUCUUUCUUUCUUUCGCAGAUACUGAUUAUAAGGGAAACAAAUGGUUAUCAAGGGAUUAGUGUAAAUGACAAUGUCUCGUUUAAAAUGUAAAGUAUGAUUUGGUAGUUCAAUUGUUUAAUUUUAUAAUAUUGAUGUUCUGAUUAAAAAUUUGUAACAUUAAUAGGCAUAUUUGUGCAAAUGCGGCGGAUUUUAAUUUUUUUUUCUUCUGGUAAUUAUAUAUGGGCAAUUCGUUGAUUUUGGUUCUCAGUCGCAUGGUCCAUCAAUUUUGAUGCAUAAAUAUUAAUGUAAUUUAGAUGAAUGAUAUUCAAUGAUGAUGACUGAGAUUGUGGUAGAAGCACGUCUCCUGUCACACUCUUAUUCCUUGAUAACAAAAUUGCAUGCAAACUAGCAUUAGUCAAUCACCAUCUCUGAACAUUUAGACAUAGAGAUUAAGUGAUAUAUUUACAUGAAAUACAUAGCAUCUAGGAAGCCAUGUGAGACUAAUGCAUAUUCGUUUUCUUCAUGCUUGAUGGAUCCCUUUUUGCAUGAUAAAUAUGCCUAAUGUUUUGCAUGACCUACAGUCGGCUAAGGCCUAUUUCUUUCUUUACAACUUAAUUUAAACCAAUAUAUGUUCUUUCAAGCCAAAAUUCGCUUGAACUAUUUCCAAAGAUUCCCCUUAGCUGGUUUUUACCAUGAUAUUCUACUUUGAAAAACUUAUUAAGCCAAUUUUGGGGAUUUCUCAAUAAAAAGUGCUACAAUGUAUGGUUUGUGCAAAAGAAAUACAUAAAAGAAAAGGUAUAAAUCAAAAUGAAAGAAUGAAGCGACCAUGAAAAUCUUUCGAAAGGUUAAGGAAUCGCUUUUCGAAGCGUCCUUAAGUUUCAUUCGAUAGUAUUUUCUUAUUCUUACGUUUUGGGUACUUUUAAGUUAUUUUUCGAACCUAAAUACACCGAAGAAAGAUUAUUAUAUUAGACUAGGACCAAUUGUAUGAAGGACCAAAGGUCCAGAAGCAAGCAAACCAACGGCCAGGGACAGAGCUAGCUCUUAUGAAGGGGGGCCAUGGCCCCCCUAAACAUUUGAAAUUACAAAAAACACAGGCAAGGAGCGUAUAAAAUUUUGGCAGCGUAGUGGUUAUAGGGGUAGUUUGGUCUCAUCCUUGAUCGAAAGUAGUAGGGUUCGAAGGCAUGCUCGUUGACUUGAUAAUUAGCUUCUUUGAAAUCACUUGUUCAAUGUUGAUUACCCUCUCUUUGUAAGUCAUGUUUCUAUUUUUAAAUAGUCAAAUCUUGACAGCUAUAUUAUAUGGGCUUGAUUUAUUUUAUAAUUUGGAAUUAUUAAUUUUUUUAAUUAUCAGAUUGAUAAGUAUAGGAGACUAUGUAAGAUAUUAUUUUUUUUAUAAAUGAUUUCAUAUGUAUAGAAAUAUGAUUUUUGCAAUUUUUAGCAAAAUUUUAAGUGGAUAUUAUACAAGUGUAUUGAAAAAAUAAUUGGCUCCCCUAAUUAAAAAUCCUAGGCUCCGUCCCUGCCAACGGCCAUCCCUAGCUUCAUGCCAGAGGGUCGAACGGCUAGUCUAACCUAUCAUCCGAACCAUGAGGAAUUCGAAGCACAACUUUGGAUAUGAAGUCACACUCAAUGAGAAAUGACGACACAAGAAACUCCAUAAUCUUCAAAGCUCCAGAACUUUCUUUAAUUAUAAGAACAACCCGCCCUACGGGCUAGGCUCUAUGCUAGUCAUUAUAAUGAUAGAAACAAAUAUUCAAAUAAUUCUAACAGGAUACAUACAUCAGCGGCGGAGCUAUGUUAAUGGCAGGGGAGACUUAGCCCCCCUAACUCUCAAAAUUAUCUAAAAAUACAUGUAAAUUUUGUAAUAAAUUGGCAAAAUAUAGUAGUUGAUAAAGCGUAUAAGUCUCAUCUUCUAUUUUCGAAUUAUCUAUACGUAAACUUUUAGCUCUUCUCAUUCGAAUUUCUGACUCCACCACUGAUACACUUCGUUGAGAUGUUUUAGUUUAUGAUGAAAGGUGAGGAUUUAGCCUUUCAUUUGAAUGCCAUGUUUUCCCUUCAACAUAUAAAAUAAGGGAGCAAACCAGAUGUUGUAGUCUAGACCGCCAUUUGUGUUCCAAUGCACCAGAAAGGCCCUCGUUUGUUUAUUAUCCAAGCGUAGUUCUUUCGCUGGCCUGUCUCACCAGACUGAUUUUCGUUCUCUUGGGUGAGAACUACGAACUGAGAUUUAUUCGUCCAAUGAGGGCAAAGUUUUCAUCUAACGCAUUCUAAUUUUGUCUUUCAUUGUGUACCGUUUCCAGAGACAUAUAUCCAAACCAAAUAUUGUAGAACCAUACACUAAUGUACAGUAAGAUCUGAGUAAAUAUUCAAUCGGAGUCUAAAUCAUUAGACGGUUUUUAGCGGAAUAAAAAAUUUAACUGUGAUUAAAUCACGGUUUCAGUACAAAAAUCCUACCGCUAGGGAUGGAAAUGGGUCAAACCCAACUCUAACCCUACAACUACCCAAAAUACAGGCACUAUAGAGUCGCGCUAGGAACCCGGCCCAACCCUAUUUUCCCUUGACCUUGUCUGACCCACUUGGGUCAGGCACUCAAGCUAGAUGGGGUCUUGUCAAGCCUGCAGGUCCUCCCAAACCAACAAACUGAUAUAUGAAAAUUUAAUUUACAGUUUGAUAUUUAAUUUUUAAUUUUUCUACAAUUUACUAUCUAAACUUUAUUUUUUACAAAUAGGACAGGAAAUUUUGAUAGCAUAAUUGCAUUUUAAUACCUUUAUAUUUUUUAAAUUGCAUUAUAGUGUCUAUACUUUUAAAACUUCAUAAAUAGGUCCAAUCUUUUAAUAUGGAGAAUUUCAAAUCACUAGUUGCUGUUGUGAGUCAUAGGCCCAAAAGUGACCCUCCCUAAGUUGAGUGGACCAUGCCCGACCCUUACAUGCCCGAAAGAUGACCCGACUCUAAACUAACCCAGCCCGACACUCAGAGCAGGGCCGGACCAGGUCAGUGACUAUCUUAGGCCAAAGCUACACCCCUACUUAUCGCUGACUGUUUCUGUACAACCUCAAGUACGGUUUUUACGAUUGUUGAUCCGAACUCAAAAGCGGUGUACCUUUCUUUUUGUCCUUGGCAAUGAUAUAGCAUCUUCUUGAAACAGCACUGAUGUUAAAUCAUCAUAGUUACUAUGUCACGUUGCCCUUUUCUCAACAAAGGUAUUGCAAUCUAUGUGUAAACUUCUUGGCUUGCUGCCGGCAACAUCAUUUGAGAGGGUGAAUAUAUCAGUCACCAAAACUAAGGUGGCCGCCCGAUUGGUAUAAUACUAUAUAGCAAUAGUCAACCUCUCCUCCCUAUUGUCCCAAUCAAACCCGUUUGCACAAAAUUAAACAAAAUGUUAAUUGGGAAACAUGAUUAUACGUGGGGAGCAACAGCUCCAAAUUACACAUUAUAAUGUUAUAAUUAUUCAUAAUAAAUCUCUUCCCCUGUUUCGCACCCUCCCCUGUAUCUUCCAACCACUCUGUUUUGUCCCUAUUGCUCCUUGCCAUUUCCAUUUCCCAUUUCAUCACCACCUUUUAUAUUCGAGUAAAAGAGUUUAGCCAUGAGCACAACGACUGGUUGCUGCUAAAGAAGGAGUCUUUUGAUCGAAAAGUUGAGGAAGAAGAAAAAAUGAUGAUGUAUGAUAGCUUGCUGGCGAGAAGCUUCAGCAAACAUGAGCAGAAGAAGCUGGGAACAGGGGCAUUGGUCAUUUGCUUCCUCAUUUUCCUCAGCUUCUGCACCAUUUUCAAGCCUCAGAAAUGGGGUCCCCUGCCUUCACCCUUGGAUCUAAGGUGGUCUCCUCAAAAGUUGCAUAUUGUCAAUGGUACAGCCACCUCUCUGCUCCAGAUGCCAAAGAAGAUCAACGCUGAAGUCGCCUCCAACGACAUUCCUGCGAAGGUGAAGAACUAUACGAUCAGCUCAAUGAAGAACAGCACACCAAAUCAAACCGCAGGGCAUAAAGAAGCCAUUAAUGGUGAGAUAAGAAGCUCCAGCCAGCAACCAACCCUGCAAACUUCUGUGAAACAGAGCACCAAAACGACGACGAAUGGCACGAUCACAACGAGCAAAAGAGAAACCCACGCCACAACCAAUAACGGGGAGGAAGACGGAAGAAUCAGAACGAACGUGACGACUCCAAUUGUCAAAGAUGCCAACAACAACAACAACUCUAAUCAAUUAAGGGAAGAAGAUGCAGGACAGGAAAAACAGAGCAAAAAACAGAGCAUGGUCUCUGUUACGUGCAGCAGGGGCGAAAGAUCGGAUUUUUGCGACCUAAUCGGUGACGUCAGGGUUGAUCCCAUUUCAGCAACGGUUUACUACGUCGUCGCCGGAGGUCGAAACAGUGGUAAUUCGACAAUGUCGAUAAAGCCUUACGGGCGAAAGGGCGACGAGGUUGCCAUGGGACUGGUGAGAGAAUGGUCGGUAAAAACGGUGGCUCAAGAUGACCGGGACUCGCCACCGCCGCGUUGUGAUCGGAUUCAUGAACCUCCGGGGGUGAUUUUCUCUCUGGGAGGGUUCGCCGGCAACCAUUUCCACGCCUUCACCGAUGUUCUCGUCCCAUUGUUCGCCACCGCACGGCAGUUUCGCGGUGAAGUCGAGUUCCUCGUGACUGACUAUCAACCGUGGCUCGUGUCCAAGUUCGGAACUAUACUCCAAGCACUGUCCAAGUACAAUUUGGUGGACAUCGACAAGGAGCAACAAAGCGUGAAAACACAUUGUUUUUCGAGGCUGAUACUAGGGCUAAAGGGGAGGCACAAGAAAGAACUCAACAUCAACCCAUCGGAAUCCGAGUACAGGAUGGCAGACUUCAAACAGUUCCUAAGAAGUGCCUAUUCGUUAAAGAAGGCGACCGCGAUCAAACUGCGACGAGCCAGAGACGACGACGAGAAAUCGACGAUGAUGCCACCGCCACGUCUUCUGAUCAUAUCUCGCAAGAGGACUCGAGCAUUCACCAAUGUGAACGAUGUCGCCAGGAUGGCGAGAAAACUUGGGUAUCAAGUAACGGUCGCGGAGCCGGAUAGGAACAUCUCGAAGUCGGCGGAGAUCAUGAACUCGUGUGACGUGGUGAUGGGAGUUCACGGAGCCGGGCUGACCAACGUGGUUUUCGUUCCGGACGGUGCGGUUCUGAUUCAGGUUGUUCCGUUGGGCGCGGAUUGGGUUUCGAAGACGUAUUUUCGUGAGCCGUCGGAGGAGAUGAAGGUGAGGUAUCUGGAGUACAAGAUUAGGAGAGAAGAGAGCAGCUUGAGAGAACAGUAUCCGCCCGACGACGUCGUUUUCACCAAGCCGUGGUCCUUUGCGAAACAAGGGUGGGAUCUGUUCAAAUCGAUUUACUUGGACAAUCAGAAUGUAAAGCUUGAUGUUAGAAGGUUUAGACCCAUGUUGUUGAAAGCUUUAGAGCUUUUGCAUCAGUAAAAGUCUAUUCUGUUCAUUUUUCUAAAGCCAAUACUAUAGUGACGCUGUAAAAAGUGCGGCACCGGUAACGCAGCUUGUGAUUGGUCCAUGUGGCUGCUUAUGUGGCUUGGUUGUCUUUCUAAACACUCAACCCAAACCCAUCACCCGGCUCAAAGCCUUUAACCCGCCCAACAGACCCGGGUUUUUUCCCCAGGAAAAAGAGAGAUAAAACUCGAAACAAUCCCUUCAUCUUCCUAGCCCUCCUUCUCCGCCGGACUGUCAAAUCAACAAAAGGCUCUGAAAAACUUCUCUGUCGCCGAUCACAUCUUCUUUACAAUAUUUACCGGUGGGCUAUCUAUCUCUGUCUGUUAAAAUGUUCUACUACCAAUGGAUCCAGGCAAUCCUCUGUAUAUUCUCUCGCUCUGCACCAUCUCUCUUCGAAGUGUCAAAUCCAAAAUUCUCUGUAUCAUCCCCUAGCUCUGUGCGCUCUCUCUUGGAAAUGUCGAAAUCUUAAUCCUAAGUUUCUUGAUUGAAGGUUUAUUGCGAUAUAUCUCAACGAAUGUGAAAUACUAUUAGGUAUUUCUUUUCCGUUGUCUCCCUCUCUAAUCUCCACUAUCUAUUCCUCUGUCUCCCCACUUUGCCUUAAUGUCUAUUGAUUGAGAGGGAGCUACCGAUUCGGGUUUUUAUGGUAAGAAAAACCAUUUGCAGAUGCCGCAAACAUGAAAGCCGACUGAACUGCUCUAAAAAUAAAGGUAGCGCAUGGUUUCAAAGAUGAUAGUUACGAGAAGAAUUGGAUGGGUCGAUUGUGGGUGUGAACUAGGAAGGGAAAUCAAUAGUUGCAAUUGAUGGUGAUGAGGUGUUGAAUUACUGGUGUGCAGUGUAAUUGAUGUGGGUAUGGCGUUCGCCAAUGUUCUCUUUUGUUUGUAGUGCAGACUUUCAUGGCUUUAAAAUUCAAUGCUUUUAAUUAGAGAAUAUGAAAAAAAAGUGAGGAUUACA